ACUUGUGUCGACUUGUGUCAUCAAUUGGAAAGCACCCAUUGUAGAUCCAAGGUAACAUGAAUAGACUGUAGGCACAUAAACCUUGGUUUUAUUUGAGAAAAGAAUGACUUGAAAUCUAAUCAUUCAUGGGAUGGGGUAAUGUAAAUUGUGAUCCUAAUCCUGUAAAGAAAAAACGGUCUAAAUUAAGCUCUAUAACACCUGCACGUCGAUUGCACUACAUUCUUCCAAAAGUGGAGAUUGUUGAAUUGGAAUAUCUAAAAGUAAUGGCCACAGAAUGCAACAAAGAAAACAGAGAAAAUAUCUCACGUAUUCAAGAUUCGGUAUUUGAAGAACCGGUGAUUAAAGAAGCAAGAAUAGAGGAGCCAGUGAUAAAAAAGAGUAUAGUCGACGAAGUGAUGCUCGAAAAAACUGAGGUCGAGAAACCAAUGCUUCAAGAAGGUACAGUUGAGGCACUGAUGCCAGAUGAUACGAUCGAGGAACCGUUUAUCAAAAACACACAAGAAUCGUUCCUCGAAGAUUUAAACAAGAAUGAAUGCACCAAAUGUUUAUUAUUAACCGACAAAGUCCAGAAGUUAGAGGGAAAACUAGAGGCUGUAGAGGAAAAACUAGAGGCUGUUAUGAAGCAGAAAUCCUGCAAUCAAAGUGACAUUAGCGAUAAUUCUUCAUUUCACCAUGAAGAAUUGUCGCAAAGAUUAAGUACUUCAAGCAGAGCAAUACGAAAUGAUCACUGUUAUGUAAGCACUCCACAAAGCUUGCAACAAAAGUUAGAUUUUUUGAAAGCCAAGGCGAUUAGGAUGAAAGAACAAAAACGUAAUAUUGUAAAGAAAUUUCGUCGAUCGAUGAUUAAAGUAUCGCAGUUAAAAGAUUUGAUGAAGUCUAUGAAGAAAGAAAAGAUCGCUAGACCGGAACUCGUAAACCAUUUGGAGCAAGUAUUUGGUGGAGCUCCUCUACAACUUUAUGAAAGGUACAUCCAGAAAAGUUAGACAAACUUCAACAAACCGAGGGAUUGCGGGCGGGCAAUAAAUUAAGAAAAGCACACAUGGAGUGGAAAAAAUCACCAAUGAAGGUAAAUCUCGCUGC